AUGAGCUGGUGGUGGGCGGGUGCGGUGGGUGCCGUCAAGAAGAGCCAGGACGAGCGCGCCGCGUCCUCCUUUCAGAGUGUCGCCCUCGUCGUCGGAUCUACCGGCAUCGUCGGCACCUCGCUGGUCGACAUACUCCCGCGCGACGACACCCCCGGCGGACCCUGGAAGGUGUACGCCGUCUCCCGUCGCCCGCUCCCUCCCUGGUGCCCGCCGCCCUCCCCCGCCAUCACGCAUCUGUACCUCGACCUGGCCGACCCGGCGGCCGUAGCGGAGGCUCUCACACCGCUCACCGACAUCAGUCAUGUCUUCUACGCCGCGUGGUCCAGCGACCCGACGGAGGCUCAGAAUCGGGAGGCCAACUCCGCCAUGCUCCGCAACGUGCUGUCUGUCGUCGUCCCGGGCUGCCCCGCACUCGCCCACGUCUGCCUCCAGACCGGACGCAAGCACUACGUCGGCCCCUUCGAGGCCGUCGGCAAGCUAGGUGUCCCAGACCCGCCCUACACCGAGGACAUGCCCCGCCUGGAUUACCCCAACUUCUACUACGACCUGGAGGAUACCCUCUUCGAUGAGGUCUCCCGCCGCGACGGCGCCGUCAGCUGGUCUGUGCACCGUCCUUCCGUGGUCUUUGGGUUCUCUGCCCGGAGCGCCAUGAAUAUCGUCGCCAGCCUAUGCGUCUAUGCUGCCAUCUGCCGCAAGGAGGGCGCCGUGCUGAGAUGGCCUGGCUGCAGGGUCGCCUGGGAGGGUUUCAGCGACGCCUCGGACGCGGACCUCAUCGCCGAGCACGAGAUCUGGGCAGCCGUGGAUCCGUUCGCAAAGAAUGAAGCUUUCAAUUGCAGCAAUGGGGAUGUGUUCAAGUGGAAGCAGCUCUGGCCGAUGCUGGCCGAUCGUUUCGGGGUGGAAUGGGCAGGGUAUGAGGGAGAGGGCAGCCGGUUCGUGCUCGCCGACGCCAUGGCGGGGAAGGAGGCCGUGUGGGCAGAGAUUCUCCGGGAGAAUGAGCUUGUCACGACGGGGCUCCAUGAGAUCGCCAAUUGGUGGUUCGUCGACGCCAUGUUCAAUGUUGAGAUCGAGCAUCUGGAUAGCAUGAACAAGAGCAAGGAGCAUGGAUUCCUCGGCUUCCGUAACACGGCCAGCUCCUUCAACGCAUGGAUUGACAAGAUGAAGGUUCUCAAGAUUGUUCCGUGA